AUGGCUUUUACUGCAACUAUGGUGCGCACGGCGAAACUAGGAAUUGCACCAAAGACAUUUGUCGUGAUCCAGUCUACCCCGAGCCCAACGAUCCCACCGGCUGUCACAGUCAGCACCAACGCGGCAUCUUCAAGCCCGCUUACCCAAUCUUCUGGGCGCCUUGAUCUCUUUCCCCUUGAAACGACGGCGCACUUGCGCGACGACGUUGGAGAUCUCGCCACUUACUUGGGCCUUGACGACGCACAUUCUCGAGUUGCACCAUCGCAAUCAACAAGAGUCUCGUUCCCAGAUGCGAGCGCUUCAAACUUUUCCGAUGCAUCUACGGCAGUUUCCAGGCAGCUAUCGACGCCAAGCGAGGACCAUACUUCCUGGUCCUCGGCGAAUUCGAUUUUUGACCCAGAGCCACAACAGCAGACUCCGAGCGUCGCCACUCAUGGACGAAUAGCAACUUGCUGGGAAGAAGCGAUGAAUAAAUGCGAAAGGCUCCAAUUUGUGCUACACGGAUUAAGGAAUAAGAGAGGGCCUAUACAACUGCAAUCCAAGCAUGAGCCAUUGAGACCGCUAAUGGACAAGUUUGUCAAGCUCGAGCGUCAAGUAAGAGCAUCGAAGCACUCGGCGCCUAGCCUGUCGCUCAACUGGACCGCAACUCCCGAGUUGCCCAAUUACGCGGUGAAAAAGCUGCUGCCGCCUCAGCGGAUAUGCGACAUUCUCCUGGAUGCAUACCUUGGCACCUUUGAAUCGGUACUGCGCAUCUUGCAUGUGCCCUCAUUUCUUCGCGACUACGGACGGUUCUGGGCGGGCUCCUCGUCAACAUGGUCCCCUGAGAUUGAAGAGUUAUUCCUGUGCAAGCUUGUGAUAUGUAUUGCCCUGGGAGCUUUCGUCAACCCUGAACUGGAUACUGCUGACAAGACCGUCUCUGAGCAAACCCAAGACGGCAUCUACUGGCGGGACCAAGCGAAAACUUGGAUUGCAUACGGCAGGCAAUGGUUGGCUCGCAAGGCAAUCGCUGGAUCACGAGCAGACUUGAACACUGCGCAGAUAAUAUGUCUGUUGGCGCUAUCACGGUACACCGGCCCAGUCAAUGCCACAUCAACCGGCUCACUGUGGUCUCCUGGCGAUCAUGACCUCACACGCUUAGCGAUACAAUUGGGUUUGCACCGAGACCCUGCUACAAUCGAUCCUGAUAUGCCGGCCACCGAAAUCGAAGUCCGUCGGCGCUUGUGGGCGACUAUGCUAGAGUUAUCCUUACAGCUAUGCCUCGAUCAUGAGUUGCCAGCGCCUAUUUCCCCAGAAACCUACGACUGUGCGCCGCCAUCCGACUUGGCAGACGAGGACGCGAGCACCAGCGAUGCCGAUUCAGCGCCAUCGUCGUAUCUCAAUAGUCUUUCCCCCGGCUACCGCAUGACGAGGACAAACUUCCUAGUGAUCCUGACGCGAACGCAACGCCUGCGUCUUCGAAUACUGCACGUCAUGCACUCCCCUGGCGCUGCAAAGGCUUUGGACGACACGCACCGGCUCGCCGCCGAGCUGAAGGCAGCGUACUCGACAGAGCUUCGCAGGCUGCAGUCGCUGCCGAAGAAGCCCACCGAGUUCCAGAUCAAGCUCCUGGAUACCCUCACCUUGCCGUUUGUCCUGGCACCACACGCAAAGUUCGCCGCCCAUCCGCUGCCCAGCCCGGCCUGCUAUUUUUCCCGCAAGGUGCGCAUGGAAAUCUCGGCGCUGCUCCUGACGAAUCAUCCCUCAGGCUUGGCAACGGUGACGCAGCCCCCGGCAGCCGGGCUCGACGAGGUUACUGCUGAUGCUGACGGCAUACCUGUCUUGCCCUCCAAUACGACCUCGUCUGCGGCCACGACCGCCACUACCAGCAGUAGUGCAUCCUCUGCUGCGAGCUCGCUAGCCGUUCUGCGCAUCCACGGCCAAGGCCACUUCGCCACUCUGCAGUGGCACGCCAUUCUGGCCCUCUGUCUCGAUCUGAUAAGCGAGCUGAAGGACGAGUUUUUCUCUGCCGUCAGCGGGCCCAGCUGGCGCCAGAUCCAAGACACCAUCCAGGCCUAUGUCGCCAUCCUGGAGCAGCGCGUCCGGACCUCAGGAGGGGCCACGUCCGCGCGCGAGUUCCUCUUUUGCUCGAGUGCAGCAGCCUACAUCGAGGCCAUGCUGGUGGGGGACGGAGAGGCUGACCAAGCCAUUACAGCGGCAGCCUAUGCGGCGCUCACGCUGAGUUGCGACAUAAUGGAGCAGGGGCUCCAGCCGCGGCGUGGUAUCACCACCUAUCAAGUAGACAUGCCUGCGGGUGUGCUCCGUCUCAAGUACGUAAUCACCGAUCCUUCGUCAAUCUAAUUCUGAGAGCAUGCGCUGCGAGUGUGAUUCUCGUGCGUUUUUUUUUUUUUUUUCCUCAAGCGGCUUAAAACACAAAUGAUAUGAAUCAGUAUGACAAAAACUGGGACUAGAGUUCCACAGAAAAUGAAUAUCAAGACAGAAAGAAACGGAUAUACUAGUACUAGUUUCGACAGCAUCAAAAAAUA